AUGAACAUUCAACACAAAAAGAUGAGGCCCGCGCCAAGCGCGAGUUUCAUCACCACUGGAGACGACGAGCGCUUGUCCUCCUCGUUGCGGCACAAACGGUUGUUGGACCUUGAAGAUGACGAAAUAAACGGGCAGCUUACGGAGCAAGAUGAGGAUAUUAGGGCAAAGUUUGAGACUUGGAUCAAGAUGGCCUCUGACAACAAAAUCAAUACCCAGAACAGUUGGAACUCGACCCUCAUAGACUACUUCCACGACAUGAACCUGUUGAAGGAAGGCAAUAAGAUCAAUUUUCAGGUGGCAAGUGCCACGCUUGAUGGAUGUAUGAAGGUGUAUACUUCACGUAUUGAUUCUGCCGUGUCUGCCGCUGGAAGUCUGUUGACAGGUUUGGCGCAUGGACAAGAUGAGGGCGCAAAUGGGGAGGAUGAUCCGAAUAAUUCUGACAUCGAGAUGGCCGACGACGAAGAACUCCAGAACUCAACACCUGAAUUUAGGAAGAAGUCCGGUAAGUCAAAGACUUACACAUUGCUUCCUGCUGAGGCAUUGAAGCUGAAAGAACUAGACCAGGAACUCAAUUUGGACCCCAUAUUUAGAAAGACUUUGACUGAUUUUGACGAAGGAGGUGCAAAGUCGCUCCUAUUGAACUCUUUGAAGACAGACUACGCUGGUCGUGUUGUCUUUGAUACAUCUGCAGGGGCCGAGUCGGGGAAGAGCGGGAGCUAUAGAGAAGUUGAAGAGAUGGGCCAAUCCCAGACAACAUCGCAUCACGGUGUGGAUCUGAGUACCAUCAAAGGUCUGUUGAAUCCUCCAGAUGGUUCUCCCUUUCUUGAACUCGAAGUGUGCCCAUCCCUGCACCAGUUGGAACAGGUUAUGAACCAAACACAGACCGCAAGCGAUUUCCGCAAGAUCAUACAGACUUCUUUUACGGCAGAUUCCACCGGUAUUGAUUACCAGGAUGAAAACGACGAACUGGCCAGCCUGCCAGAUAUCAACUACGAUCUGGACUCUAUUCCAGAGUUUGAACUUGCCGACGAACCUACAGAACAGAAAGUGCCAGCUGAGCGCGUGCUGGACAACGACGUGAUGGACUUUUUUGAUGCUAGUGCUAAAAACGAUUGGGAGCCAAAAGAACAUUGGAAAGUGAAAGCUGUAAAGCAGAAAGAAAUCAAGGAAAAGAUCAAAGUAGAAGAGGAUGCUGCUGCUGCCAGCUCAAGGAAAACAAAGACCAAGGCCAAGGAGAAGCCAAAGACAAAGAAGGGAGCCGAAACCGUCAUAGACAUGUUGGGCGAGAAACCGACUCCAAAGUCACUUUUUGCCCGAGCAAAGGCUUUAUUACCAGACGCACAAUUCGAGAAUGAUACAAAGUAUCUUCUUCCAGAAGAACAACAACUAUACACAUCCAAGCUUCUUGUGAGUCAAUUUUUGAGACCAUCGCAUACGAUCUCUAUCUUUCAAAAAGAGAUGGACGUUCCUUCUUCGUAUAAUAUGGAAAGUGCAUCCUUUCUAGACAUGCCGGAUGAAGAUGAUGAACCUUACCCAUUGAACCCGACCUCGGACUUCUUCAGUGAUGUUCCAGGGUUUGACGAAGAAGUUGCCGAGAAGUCUCGCCAUGAAGACGCUGAAGAAUUCAUUGGAACCCAGAGUAUAACCCACGGCAAAAAGGCACGGGACGACUACAUGGACUACGCCAAAGUUGCCAAGAGAGUAGAUGUGAGCGCACUAAAACGCAAGAUAUGGAGAAAUCUAGAGAAAAGCGAGAUGAGCAAUGGAGACAAGCAGGAUUUCACAAAUAUGGUCCAAGAGGUGGCUGCGACAUAUCCGGAUACGAAGAGAAAAGAUCUCUCCACAAGUUACUUCUUCAUCUGUCUUCUGCAUCUUGCGAAUGAGCGUGGGUUUGACAUUUCCAACACCUCUGACUUUAGUGAUUUGUUUAUCUCGAAAACAUACUAA